UAUGGUAAGAAAAUUAUUUCCUUUAUCUUACAGUAUGGAACACUUUUUUGGUUAUAACUGGUCAUGCAUUACAGCAAACUUUCUUGAAGGUCAACUAAAUGUAACAUGAAUAGAAAUCACUUAAGCAUUCAUAAAUUCAAACUGUUAAAUAUAGGCAUCCAUUGUCAGUUCGAGUCCUAGUAUAGCAAUUCUGGAAGUGUACAUGUAUUCAUACUAUUGUAAUCGCGAUAGAUUAUAUUAGACUUCUUCACAAGUAGAUUUUAAUGAGGUUUCACCGAGGAUUGUUCAGCCUACACAUUGUGACAAACACAAACGGGGGAAAUGUAGGCCACGCCAUGUUUAUAUUUAUUCCUCUGUAGAUAUAUCUUAUAAUUUAUCAGAUAUCGUCUAUUUUCAACAAGGUAUCUAAUAAAUUUCAUAAGAUAUCUGAUAAAAUUAAAAUUUAUUAGAUAUUUAAUAAGAUAUAUAAGAUAUCUCAUAAACUAUAUAAGAUAUCUCAUAAAGUUUAUAUGAUAUCUUAUGUAUUAAACAAUAUGUCUUCUAAAGUUUAUGAGAUAUCCUAUAAGAAUAGAAGAUAUCUUAUAAUUCAUCGUUAUAAGAAAACUUAAAAAAACACAUAAGAUACCGUUUAUGUUUUGUAAGAUAUCUAAUAAAUAUUGUAAGAUAUUUUAUAAAUUUUAUGAGAUAUCUGAAACAGUGUUCCCACUGGACCAAAAUUCCCUUUCGCCACUUUUUCGGGGUGCAGCGCGGCGCAGAUAAUCUCAUGCUAUACAAUUAUUUCCAUCUUAUUAUUUUAUUCAUUACACUGAUUUUAGCAUUUGGAAACAGUUACAUUACUUAAAAAUAUCCAGCUACCAUACCUAAAUACUUCUUUCUGAAGUAAUACGUUUAUUCGUUUGAUAAUUAAAUUUUAUUGUGGAAAUCAAAAAUCGGGUAAUAAAUCGUAUAAAUAUAAACUUCAUGAUGCUACACCCCUCAGUGAAAACAUUGUCUACAUUGCCCGAAAUGCAGAUAUCACAAAACAUCAAGCCCAAUUUAGAGAAAUUUCCGUUUUAGUAUGGUAGAUUUUGCAAUUUGGACAGAAUCAGAUGUUUGAGCCGGUGGGGUUGACUGAAAGGCCAAACAUAGAUAUUUUUCUUUAAUUUUAGGCUGACUAGAGUCAGAAGCUACAAGUUUAGUGUCAAAAUAGAAUGGGGUGCAUUGCCUUAUGAGAUUAGCAUCUUCAUACUGUUACGCACCGAACUUCAAAGAAAAUUAUCAAAAUUGCUACAUCCAUAUCAAUGGUGACCGACCGCAUUGUUAAUGAAAUAUUCGAACUAAAAUCAAACACAUCAAAAUCUUGUAAUCAAUGAGCUUGGCUGCAAAAACAAACAAUUGAUGUUUAUACAUUAUACAAAAUAAUACCGGUCGGUUCUGUGGUUAAGAAUUGACAUUAAUGUGGAGAUGAUAACACUAUAAUAAAUAAGAUUUUAAAUGUUAAACAAUUGACCACAGCAGGGUACACAGCUGUCCGAUGUACUUUAUUAUAUAAUCACCGACUUUUUUGCAGCCAUAGAUUACCUGAGGCUAUUAUCUGGCCUUCGUGACCAGCUCUGUGUGCACUGGAGAGACGCGAGAUUUCCGGUCGCAUGCGUUGACUAAAUAAACAAAUUUUGACAGCUGAUAAUGUGUCACUGACAAAGGAAAACACAAGACAGAUUUUAAAAUACAAAUUUUAAGAUUUUAAAAUCAGCUCGAGCACUGAUAUUCUCAAAUGAAUUUUUAAAAGAUGUCAUAACUUUUGUAAGAUAUCUUAUAAUUUUUUUAUGAGAUAUCUUUAUGGAGGAAUAAAUGUGAAAUUAUCUCUCUAAUUAAACGGAUCUCUCAAACUAUAGACAUUACAUUAUAUAACUACAUAAUCUCCUAUGUUGUAUCCUCUCUAUAACUAGUUCAUAUGCGUGCAUUGUCAAUACUGUUUGAUAAAUCUCUGAAAUAUCAAAUAAAAAUCGGUAAGUUUUUUUUUUAAAAAUAGCAAUUUAAACUUAUUUGAAUGGAUGGGGAUACAAAUGAUACAGGUAAAUAUAUUUUAAAGUAACUCGUGAAAAUCGGUGACCGACCUUGAUCAAGACCUGAGUGUUUCCUCAGCUACAUAAAUAUUUCACUUAUAUUGAAAUGUCAGGUGAAAUGCUAUAAAUUUAGAUCUAUGCAUGGCGACGAGAGCCGUAAAGGUGAGGGCUCUUUAUUCAUUUUGAUUGAACAAUUACUGGUGUGAUACCUUAAAGCCGCAACAGUGAUGAUUCUUCAUCGUGCGAACGGUACCUUGGUUUUUAAGGUCUCAUCAGAAAGGCCCGCGACUGCUGAGUGUUUGGUAAAGGAACAGCCCACUCCCUUUUUCUAUACCGUGGAUUUGAAGCAGCCAAUUAGUAUGAGUGUGGCUCGAAGUCACGGCCUUCUGGUCACCGCUCUAACCACUGAGCCACUGCGACACCUAUAGGGAACGUGCAUAGUUUCCUUUGUUUAGUGUAUGUAUAGAUUGUGCAUGUGCAUUUUACAUUCACACGGGAAGUUCACAUGGUUAUGUUUUGCGAAAUCAGGAAUUUUUUCUUAACUAAGCCCUAACAAUUCCUGUUCGCAGAUCAAUUUACAUAAGCCCCCAAUACUUCAAUAUUUUCAUACACUGAAUUUUUUCAAUUAUAUUCCUUUUCAAAUUGACAUUGUUUUCAUCAUAGACAAUGAAUACAUGUUUGUUGCAAACUAGUUCGAGCGGAUUUUAGUUGAUAUUUUUACAAAAUAUAUAUAAAUAUUAACAAUGAAAUGGUUUUCCUUGUUGUUUUAUAAGGUGAUUAAGGUAGACAUUUUUGCAACACUUCAUCACCCGAACAAACACCAAAGAAAGCAUUUUAUUCUUUAUAUUUAUAUUUUUAUGCAUUUUGUAAAAAAUCUUUUUUAAAAAUCUACUUGGAUCAUAAGAUAAGUAUUUGGUAAAUAUUUGAUUAAGUAAAUAAUUCAAUUUUUUCAAGUGCCUAGGACUUUGCAAUUUGGGAAGCACCGCAGCUAAAUUUAGAAAAUGUCUAUAUUGAGCAGUGGGUAUUCCUAAAACGUUACGGACAUUUAAACUAUUCAACAGGUAUAUAUACUGUGCUAAAUUAUGCAUCCACUACCCAGGGUUCCCUGCGCUCCUCGCACUAGUGGAUGAGAAGCUUGUGUAAGCUCUCUGGUGAGAGAAUGGCAUAAUUACGCAGUCUUUUGUGUAAACCGAAACUUGCAUUUUGUAAUUUUCUAAUUAUCACCCACAGAAAGUGCCACGUUAUAUGGUGAAAAAGGGAACAGCAAAAGUAGCAAAGGCGAUUAAGGGAGUGAUGAUAAAGACGAUGAUACAACGGGCAGAAGAAAAACACCUAAAUGUGAAGACAAGAUCGUAUCUAAACUUUUGUGGAGGAUCGAUGAAAAAAGUUUAAUUCCUUUGUUUUCCCAACAACGCAUCACUAUGGAGAUGUUAAUGGAUCUAAAUCAUGCAGAUCUUCUUGAAGUAGGGAUCGACAUAUUUGAUCAAAGAUAUAAGAUAUUGACUGAGGUAGCACGACUGAAGCGAGAGAGGGGACAGAGAAACACAAGCUCUCGAUGUAGAAUACAUCCCUUCAACACCACGUGUCCCGGGCGAAAACGGAAGCUGGAAAACGAAAAUGUUAUGGCAAAGAAAAUGAGAUUAGGCGUCAGAAAUGAGAGGGAACAGAGAAACACAAGUUCUCGAGGUAGAAUACACCCCUUCAACACCACGUGUCCCGGGCGAAAACGGAAGCUGGAAAACGAAAAUGUUAUGGCAAAGAAAAUGAGAUUAGGGGUCAGAAAUGCGCACACAGAAGUGUCUGUCGUAGUUUCUAUUGCCUCCGGUACACAACCUCACACGUCUGUCACAACCAGUAGUCCCUCUGUCUGUCAGACGACAUCAUGUCAGUCGUCUCAGACACGGACCUCGUCAGCUAUCAGUUCGUCUUCACUGAAUGUUGGAUCAACAGCAAGUAUUGCUGUAUUAGCAACACCGAUACCAACGACAGCAAUACCAGCAACAACUACAGCAGGUCUGUCAACGAUCGUAACAACAGCAGUAACUUCAGCAACAUCAAUCACUGCCUCAGUUUCAACAACAGUAUCAGCGAUACAGAACCCUGCAACAACAGCCACCUCAUCAUCAACAUCCUGUCUGGUCUUUUCUUCUGCAGUCAAUCUCUUGUCAAACACCACGACAACACCCAGCCAUACGUUAACGACAUUCAGCGUACCGUGUGUUUCCACAUCGGCUCCAACAGGAAGUAACGUUUUACCAGUCCCUGCCCAUUGUGUGCAUUGCACACAAAACACAAUUACAGAUGAAGAGAACAAUUUCCUACGAUACUUUCUUCUGGCUCAGCUUGGUACCCAGGCCUUGCGGAUUCUGUUCGAUUCAUUUGUCAAUCCUAUGUCUCUGACAAAUCACCUACAGAAUGUAAAACCAAAAUUAAAACACUGUACAGCGCAACAGAAGGCCAUCCUAUAUCCGGGUGCCAGGGGACCUGUGACCUCAGCAGACUUUGAUACAUCUCUUCUGUACACCCUGCUGCGUAACACAGUGAAAAUCACACCUCCAACGAGUGGAUGGAAUAAGGAACCAAAUCCUGCUGACAUCUCAAAGGGGGACGAUGUGGAAAGAAUAAGAUUCGCUAGGAAUUCUUUAUGUCAUGGUAAAACGUCCAUGGAUCAAUCAACAUUCAAUUCAAAAUGGACAUGUCUUUCUCAGGCUAUCGGACGACUGAGCAGCGGUUUCCUUAAUGUUGAUGUUGCCUCCUUAGCAACAAGGAAGUUUGAUAAAUCUGAGAAACAGGUCAUAUUGGAUGACUUCCUGCUUCUUAAGAAAAGGCUUCAACAAUUAGAGAGAAGACAUAUUCCAUUUAAUGUCCGAGAACAACAUGAAGAGAUAUUGAAUAAAUGGGGAAAGGAAUAUGAAGUUCUGUGCGAAACGAGAGCGUACUACAGAGUGAAAUCAGAAAUCGAGUCCAAAGACACCGUGACAAUAAUAAGUGGUCCAGGAAUGGGAAAAACAUUCAUUGCCAGGCAGACAUGUCUUCAUCUGCAAAAUGAAGGUUGGGAAAUCAUCCCCGUCCAACACGUAGACGAGAUGAGUCGCUUUCGCCUCGUCAGUAUUAAGCAGGUGUUUCUUCUAGACGAUCCUGUGGGAGUAUUUGGAUUCGAUCGAUCAACAUCAACUGCUAUAGAAAGAAUGUUUGAAGCUUUCGCUCCUUCAGAUAAAACCAAAUUUAUUUUUACCUGCAGAAAAGCUGUUUAUUAUGAAUGCAAAGAUAUGGAACACAGUUUCUUCAGAAACAUUAUUGAUAUUGGAAGUUUAGAUCUUAUGCUGAAUGAAAAAGAAAUGAAGGACAUGUUAGCUUCUCACUGUAAAAGUACAGGAGUGGAGGAGAAAGUCUAUAUAAACAUCUCGCUAAAUCCUGGUAUGACAAUGUUCCCACUUUUAUGUCGUUUAUUUGCAAACGACAAAGAAAAUCAGAAAUGUGGACGACUUUUUUUUGAAACGGCAAACAAAAGCAUCAUUAACCAAUUCAAGAAAAUGAGAAAUCAAAAGGAGUCACAGUAUGCGGCACUUGUGUUAUGCAUGCUAGCAAACAAUCAUUUAACGAAAAAAGAUAUACCUGAAUAUUUUGGACUAAUAAGCGAUUAUUUUGACAUUAUUAAUCAGUCUUGUAUUCAAAGGUCUCUGAAGGAAUUGACAGGAACAUAUGUUGUGAAAAAUAACGGGGUUUAUUCUUUCUUACACGACGCUUUAUUUGAGGCCAUUGCUUGCUUACAUGCUUUGAAGUUCCCUGAACAGGUGCUGAACUCAAUGCCAAGUAGUUACAUCGCAAACAACGUUCGUGUUACUAGUGAGACUACAGAAUCGGGAUAUGAAAAUUUAUGCAUCUGCUUGAAAAGGAAACACUAUGAAUUCCUUGUAAGAAGACUUUUAAAGGAUAUCAAAGACGUACAUUUUUAUGAUGUUUUUGAUGGGAAAAGUCUAAAAUGUGAAGAGUUCAUGAAUUUCUUUAUUUCAUAUCUCGACAGAGUGUCUACAGAUGAUCUUGUAGAUCUGAUUUUAACUGUUCAUCCUUCUGACUCGAAAUUACUUCAGCGCAGUGGAAAGGCAAUGGAAAGGAUUGAAUACUGGGGAAAGGAAUACUAUCAACAAAAAUUGCUCAUAGGAGAAAAAAUAACGAUAAGUACAAUCACAGGAAAAGGAAAGGGCAAGUACAUACGGAACAAUGCUGGCCCUCACUACAAUAUACUUGCAUUGAGUUGGAUGAUUCAUUAUGGGCAUACCAGGCUUCUGUCUUAUAUUCUUGAUAGACUUGAUGAUAGACAACAACUGUCUGACAUAAGGAAAUCUGAAGGAGUUAGGUUGUUACUGCUUGCGUGUUUUAUUGGAAAUCUGGUGGUAGUUAAGCGACUCGUCAGUUGGUUAGGGAUGUUAUAUCUCAAUGGAUCUCCAAAUCAAAAAACUGACGACAACAAUGAGCACUUGUGUUUCACUCCAUUAACAGGUGCUGUUUUUGCUGGACAUGAAUCAGUGAUAGGGUUCCUUGUAGAUGAAGGGGCCGAUGUAAAUCUGCAGGAUAACACAGGUGAAGAAGACACCCCUCUCACCAAACCCUGCAGACUGGGAUAUACCACCGUGGUGCAAACACUUUUACGCUGCAAGGCAGACAUCAACGAGGUCAGUGGUACAAUGAGAUCGCCAUUGUUCUGGGCAUCACGGAUGUCUAGAACUGAUAUAGUGAGGCUAUUGAUACAGAACAACUGUGAUGUUAAUAUAGUUGACUCUGUGGGCAGAAGUGCUUUACAUGAAGCAGCAGGAAAAGGUUUUGAUGAUAUUGUAAAAUUGUUGGUUGAGAACAAGGCCGAUACGACUUUGGUGGAUAGGAAAGGAAAAUUAGCGAUAACACUGGCAAAGGAAUCAAAUAAAAACAUAAAAACAAUAUUUAUAUCACAGUGCAAAAAUACCUCCUCAUUUUGCCAAAAGUUUGUUCAAGAACUAAUGCAAAUGAUAAGUGCUACAUUCUGCAGAAACAAAACUCUACCAAACAUUUUAACAGACAAACCCUUCUCCUGUCUAUUUGAUGUGCUCACCCUGUCGGAAUUAGAUAAGCCCUUACCUCAGGAUUGGCAUUUUCACUGUUUUAGCCAUUACAUUUCAACAGGACAUCAAUCUGUACUGAGGUGUUUAUUAAGUCAUGGAUACCAGAUCAUUUCCACCAAUCCUUACCUUCAAGACGCACUGUUUACUGCAUCAAGGAAUGGACACACUGAGAUAGUCAAACAUUUAGUAGAACACGGUGCUGAUGUCAAUAUUUGUAAUGUGAGAAAUGCUACACCGCUCUUUGUGGCAUCACAGAAUGGACACACUGAAAUAGUCAAACAUUUAGUAGAGCACGGUGCAAAUGUCACUAUUUGUAGAUAUCAUAAUUGUACACCGCUCUUUUUGGCAUCACAUGAAGGACACACUGAGAUAGUCAAACAUUUAGUAGAACACGGUGCUGAUGUCAAUAUUUGUAAUGUGAUAAAUGUUACACCACUCUUUAUAGCAUCAGAGAAUGGACACACUGAGAUAGUCAAACAUUUAGUAGAGCACGGUGCUGAUGUCAAUAUUUGUGAUGUGAGUAAUGUUACACCACUCAUUAUAGCAUCACAGGAAGGACACACUGAAAUAGUCAAACAUUUAGUAGAACACAGUGCUGAUGUCAAUAUUUGUAAUGUGAGAAAUGUUACACCACUCUUUAAGGCAUCACAGAAUGGACACACUGAGAUAGUCAAACAUUUAGUAGAACACGGUGCUGAUGUCAAUAUUUGUGAUGACAAGAAUGUUACACCACUCUUUAUAGCAUCACAGAAUGGACACACUGAGAUAGUCAAACAUUUAGUAGAACACAGUGUUGAUGUCAAUAUUUGUAAUGUGAUAAAUGUUACACCACUCUUUAUAGCAUCAGAGAAUGGACACACUGAGAUAGUCAAACAUUUAGUAGAACACGGUGCUGUUGUCAAUAUUUGUAAUGACAAGAAUGUUACACCACUCUUUAUAGCAUCACAGAAUGGACACACUGAGAUAGUCAAACAUUUAGUAGAACACGGUGCUGAUGUCAAUAUUUGUAAAUAUGAUAAUGUUACACCGCUCUUUACGGCAUCACUGUAUGGAUACACUGAGAUAGUGAAACAUUUAAUAGAACACGGUGCUGAUGUCAAUAUUUGUAAUGACGAGAAUGCUACGCCGCUGUAUGUAGCAUCACAAAAUGGGCACCAUGAGAUAGCUAAACAUUUAAUAGAACACAGUGCUGAUGUCAAUAUUUGUGCUCUAGAAAAUUUUACCCCGCUAUUUAUGGCAUCGCAGAAAGGACAUAUUGAAAUAGUCAAAGAUUUAGUAAAACAAAGUACUGAUGUCAAUAUUUGUAAUGGCCAAGGUGUUGCACCACUCAUUAGGGCAUCACAGAAUGGACACACUGAGAUAGUCAAACAUUUAGUAGAACACGGUGCUGAUGUCAAUAUUCGUAAUGACAAGAAUGUUACACCGCUCUAUAUAGCAUCACAGAAAGGACACACUGAGAUAGUCAAACAUUUAGUAGAACACGGUGCUGAUGUCAAUAUUCGUAAUGACAAGAAUGUUACACCGCUCAAUAUAGCAUCACAGAAUGGACACACUGAGAUAGUCAAACAUUUAGUAGAACACGGUGCUGAUGUCAAUAUUCGUAAUGACAAGAAUGUUACACCACUCAUUAUAGCAUCACAGGAAGGACACACUGAGAUAGUCAAACAUUUAGUAGAACACGGUGCUGAUGUCAAUAUUUGUAAUGUGAGAAAUGUUACACCACUCUUUAUAGCAUCACAGGAAGGACACACUGAGAUAGUCAAACAUUUAGUAGAACACGGUGCUGAUGUCAAUAUUCGUAAUGACAAGAAUGUUACACCGCUCUUGAUGGUAUCAUAUAAUGGACACACUGGGAUAGUCAAACAUUUAGUAGAACACGGUGCUGAUGUCAAUAUUUGUGAUGACAAGAAUGUUACACCGCUCUAUAUGGCAUCACAGAAUGGACACACUGAGAUAGUCAAACAUUUAGUAGAACACAGUGCUGAUGUCAAUAUUUGUAAUGACGAGAAUGCUACACCACUCUUUAUAUCAUCAGAGAAAGGACACACUGAGAUAGUCAAACAUUUAGUAGAACACGGUGCUGAUGUCAAUAUUUGUAAUGUGAGAAAUGUUACACCACUCUUUAUAUCAUCACAGGAAGGACACACUGAGAUAGUCAAACAUUUAGUAGAACACGGUGCUGAUGUCAAUAUUUGUAGUGUCGAGAAUGUUACACCACUCUUUAUAUCAUCAGAGAAAGGACACACUGAGAUAGUCAAACAUUUAGUAGAACACAGUGCUGAUGUUAAUAUUUGUAAUGUGAGAAAUGUUACACCACUCUUUAUAUCAUCACAGAAUGGACACACUGAGAUAGUCAAACAUUUAGUAGAACACGGUGCUGAUGUUAAUAUUUGUAAUGUGAGAAAUGUUACACCACUCUUUAUAUCAUCACAGAAUGGACACACUGAGAUAGUCAAACAUUUAGUAGAACACGGUGCUGAUGUCAAUAUUUGUAAAUAUGAUAAUGUUACACCGCUCUUUACGGCAUCACUGUAUGGAUACACUGAGAUAGUGAAACAUUUAAUAGAACAUGGUGCUGAUGUCAAUAUUUGUAAUGACGAGAAUGCUACACCGCUGUAUGUAGCAUCACAAAAUGGGCACCAUGAGAUAGCUAAACAUUUAAUAGAACACAGUGCUGAUGUCAAUAUUUGUGCUCUAGAAAAUUUUACCCCGCUAUUUAUGGCAUCGCAGAAAGGACAUAUUGAAAUAGUCAAAGAUUUAGUAAAACAAAGUACUGAUGUCAAUAUUUGUAAUGGCCAAGGUGUUGCACCACUCAUUAGGGCAUCACAGAAUGGACACACUGAGAUAGUCAAACAUUUAGUAGAACACGGUGCUGAUGUCAAUAUUCGUAAUGACAAGAAUGUUACACCGCUCUAUAUAGCAUCACAGAAAGGACACACUGAGAUAGUCAAACAUUUAGUAGAACACGGUGCUGAUGUCAAUAUUCGUAAUGACAAGAAUGUUACACCGCUCAAUAUAGCAUCACAGAAUGGACACACUGAGAUAGUCAAACAUUUAGUAGAACACGGUGCUGAUGUCAAUAUUCGUAAUGACAAGAAUGUUACACCACUCAUUAUAGCAUCACAGGAAGGACACACUGAGAUAGUCAAACAUUUAGUAGAACACGGUGCUGAUGUCAAUAUUCGUAAUGACAAGAAUGUUACACCGCUCUUGAUGGUAUCAUAUAAUGGACACACUGGGAUAGUCAAACAUUUAGUAGAACACGGUGCUGAUGUCAAUAUUUGUGAUGACAAGAAUGUUACACCGCUCUAUAUGGCAUCACAGAAUGGACACACUGAGAUAGUCAAACAUUUAGUAGAACACAGUGCUGAUGUCAAUAUUUGUAAUGUGAGAAAUGUUACACCACUCUUUAUAUCAUCACAGGAAGGACACACUGAGAUAGUCAAACAUUUAGUAGAACACGGUGCUGAUGUCAAUAUUUGUAGUGUCGAGAAUGUUACACCACUCUUUAUAUCAUCACAGAAAGGACACACUGAGAUAGUCAAACAUUUAGUAGAACACAGUGCUGAUGUUAAUAUUUGUAAUGUGAGAAAUGUUACACCACUCUUUAUAUCAUCACAGAAUGGACACACUGAGAUAGUCAAACAUUUAGUAGAACACGGUGCUGAUGUCAAUAUUUGUAAUGUGAGAAAUGUUACACCACUCUUUAUAUCAUCACGGAAAGGACACACUGAGAUAGUCAAACAUUUAGUAGAACACGGUGCUGAUGUUAAUAUUUGUAAUGUGAGAAAUGUUACACCACUCUUUAUAUCAUCACAGAAUGGACACACUGAGAUAGUCAACAUUUAGUAGAACACGGUGCUGAUGUCAAUAUUUGUGAUGACAAGAAUGUUACACCACUCUUUAUAUCAUCACAGAAUGGACACACUGAGAUAGUCAAACAUUUAGUAGAACACGGUGCUGAUGUCAAUAUUUGUGGAGACAGAAAUAUUGCACCACUCAAUAUCGCAUCACAGAAUGGACACACUGAGAUAGUCAAACAUUUAGUAGAACACGGUGCUGAUGUCAAUAUUUGUGAUGACAAGAAUGUUACACCACUCUUUAUAGCAUCACAGGAAGGACACACUGAGAUAGUCAAACAUUUAGUAGAACAAGGUGCUGAUGUUAAUAUUUGUAGAUAUGAUAAUUGUACACCGCUCAAAAUGGCAUCACAGAAUGGACACACUGAGAUAGUCAAACAUUUAGUAGAACACGGUGCUGAUGUCAAUAUUUGUGGUGACAAGAAUGUUACACCACUCUUUAUAGCAUCACGGAAAGGACACACUGAGAUAGUCAAACAUUUAGAACAGCAUGGUGCUGAUGUCAAUAUUUGUAGAUAUGAUAAUUGUACACCGCUCAAUAUGGCAUCACAGAAUGGACACGCUGAGAUAGUCAAACAUUUAGUAGAACACGGUGCUGAUGUCAAUAUCUGUAAUGUGAAUAUCUGAAAACAAACUGAGGACUUCAAUGGCUAUAAAAGAUUUUGAUCGACAAAAAAAGAUGUGUUUUGUAAAUAUGGAUGUUUCACUGCAAUCUGAGUGAAAUUCAAAAUAAAUGAAAUUAUUAA